AUGUAAUCUAUUCGUAAAUAGCGUAUGAAUAAAAUCAUGCAAGUUUAAGGAGAAGUUGGAUAGCAUAAAGGGUAUGCUGCUAUAAAAAUAGUCUCAAAUGUACAUGAGCUGCUAAGAAAAAGUAAAUCGGAAACUAAUUGUAUUGGAGAAUUAGCCAUACAAGAUAUAAGUAAAAAACUGUUGCAGGAUUAAUUUAACUCUAUCAAAAUGUAUGAUAUCCCAAAAGGAGAAGACAAACCAGGUAUUCAAUUCAAAUCAGUUCACAGUAUGUAUGACCUACAAGCAUUAAAGAUGACUAAGUUAUACAAAAAGAAUGAAAGAAAUGCAAUUGAAAAGUAGGUUAGAUCUCAAUUAGCAAAAGAGCCUGAUAAAUAGUUACUUUUGUCUGAAAUUUAUGAGCAAUUAGAAGACAAUUCUGAUGGUGAAGUACUUAAGAGGAAAUAAAAAGUUAAAGAGGAAUCCUUAGCAACUCAGUCAAAAGAAUAUGAUGAUUCUAAAGAUUAAUUGACAGAUCUUAAAUAAUGGACAAAGAAGAUGAAAGAAUUGAAAAAAAAGUAAUAAAAUAAAAAGAAUGAGAAUGAUACAAUAGUUCUUCCAAGAAGUAAAGAGAGAGCUUAAACUGAAAUAAAGAAUCCUUUAAUUCGUUAAAAUGGAACUUAAAAUAAAAAAAUUGAAAAAUCAAAUUCACCUUCUAAUACUCAAAAUCCUCUUCAAUCUUAUAAGGAUAUAAUGAAAAAUGCAGUUUCUAAAGCUAAAUAACUUAAGAGUUUAAAUGAAGAUUUAAGUGUAGAACGAUCAGUUGAAUAAUAUCUUUAAAAAGCAUCUUCAGUGGCAUUAAAUGAACUUAAAGAGAUUGGUGAAUUGAAUAUUGAUGAAGAGAAAGGUCUUUCAACAAAUUUUGAUUACACUAAUGAAGAUAUCUAAAGAAUGUACAAUACUCUUGUUAAAGUUCAAUUAUCAUAAUUCAAAUCAGAAGCAGAAAAAGCAAAAUUUUAUAAAAAAUAAACUUAAUUAAUAGCUAAUAAAUUAAUACAAAAGAUUAAAUAAAAUGAAUAAAUUAUUGAUGCAAGGAUUACAGCAUAAGAAAAAUUAAGAUUAGAGACUCAUGAUUUUCAUGAUAAAUUAAUUUAAAUAAAAUAAUUAUCUUAAUAAUUGUAAUAAGAAAUAUAAGAAAUGAAAGAUCCUAAAUUAUCAAUGUAAAUAAAUAAAUCUCGUAUGUCUUUAGUCAAUUAAUUGAUGAGUUCAUAAAAUAAAGAAAAAGAAUUAUAAUAAGAUUUGAAUAUCUUAAAAGAAAGUCGUAUAGCAUAUAAAAAUAAAAUUUUAUUCAAUAAAAAAACUUUAGAAUAAAUAGAUUCAGAUCUAUAAUCUAAAAAAAAGGAAAAUAAAAAUUUAUAAAAAUGUCUCAUAAAUUUCUAUUUCUAAGUUUUAAAAAAUGGUUAAGAUGUUAGAAAUACAGGAAUAGCUUGGGUAAUAUCUAGACUAAAUGCUCUUAAUGAAAAAUCAUCUUAUUAAAGUUUUCCAGAAUAUUUAGAUUAAAAAGCUAAGGAAUAUUUACUACAAGUAUAAUUAAUAUUUAAUCAAGAAAGCUACUAUGUUAUAAGAAAUUGAAUAAUUAGAAAAAGAAUUAAGUGAAUCCUUUAAAUAGUACAAAUAAGAAUAAUCACUUGAUAAUAGUUUAGCAAUACUUCAACAAAGCUUAUCUCAUAAUGACUCUUUAGAUAUAUCAUCAUUACCUUCCAUAUUCCCUUAUGAUAGUCAUAAAUUAUCAGCCAUUGAUUUAACAUAGGCAAGAUUAUAAGCAACUAAAAGUAGUCGAAAUAAUUAUCAACUUGAUCAAUUAGGUCCUAUUACUCUUGGAUUAACAAAUUAAGAUAUUGAGAAUUUAGAGAAUAUGUUAACAAAGUUAAAUUCAAAAAAUUUGCCAGUGACUAAUGGAACUCUUAUUUAUAGAGAAACUUAAAAAAGAAUUAAAAAAUAAAUAAAACCAUAAGGAUCUAUGGAUGUUUCUUAAAUUAAUGAUUCAUCAACAGUAUUAAAAGAAUAAGCUAUUCAUUCAUAUGAUAAAUGUAACUCUCAAUUAAACAAAAUAAAAAUAAAAGUAUAUUUUAUAAUAAAUUAAAGUUAUUGCAUUUGGAUGAUGAAUAAGUAAUUCGAAUAGUAAAAGAAUUUGACUAUAAGAAUUAUAGUAAAAGGUUUAAUAUAGACCCAAUAACAGUUAUCUCAUGUUUAGUUGGAGGAAUAAGAUGUGAUAGAGAGAUCAUUAAAUAGGGAAUGAAGAAAACUCACUAUGAUUGA